UGUAUAGCCCACAGAAACAGGAUGUCCCGAAAAACAAAUAGUAGCCGAAAACGCAGUAGUAUUGGUAUUAGCAUCCAAAAUAUUGAAUAAAAAGGGGGCAAUAAGCGGUAAUUUGCCGCAACGACGUUGUACAGCGAUCUCCGACUCUCGUUCAGUUGACUGCUCAUUUAAAAGCUCAUUCAGUUCGUAGCGUAAUUGGGCUUCCUGUCUCAUGCCACAUAUUCAAAAUGGCGGAUAACACAGGAUUUCAAUUUCCUCCGUUUCGCUCUUUACAAGACGUGUUAACGGAUGCUCAAUUCACUCUGCCAACAAUUAAUGACCCCGAGAGGAUGGGCAACAGAAUAGCACAAAACUUAAUCUAUUACCAGACAAAUUACUUUGGGUUAUAYCUAGCUAUUUUCUUGGUCGUUGGUACACUAUACCCUAAAGACAUGAUUACAGGUGCUCUGGCCAUAGUGAUUACAUUUGUCAUCUACAACAAAAUAUUAAAAGCAAAGAGGACUAGUGGACAUCAGGCAAUGGCUGCAGAGAAUUUCAUUCCAUUGGCUGUUGUAGCAAUUGUUUUCCUGCUAAUAUACACAUUAGGAUCCUUGAUGGUUCUGGUAUGGGGGAUUGUCAMACCUUUGCUUGUGGUUUUCCUGCAUGCUGCAUGUCGCAAGAGGAAUUUAAGAAAUAAGUUUACCAAUGUUGCUGACAUGUUCAAAGAGAACCCAAGUCCCAUGACAGUGAUUUUAGACUUCAUUUGUGAGAAACAAGAAGCAGCUGAGAUGAAAACAAGAUUGAGGUAGUAACAGAUGACACUGGAACAGUGAAAGAAUUCAUACAAAUAUAAUUCACAAAAUAUAGUUUAAGUAUUAAUAAUAAUGAUGUUAGUAGUCAGACUAUUAUAUCAAUUUCCUAUAUUUAUAAAAUUAUAAUUAUAAUUGAAAAAGUAAUACAAGAAGAUUUAUCAUUUUUKACUAUUGGAUAUUUCGGCCUUUAUUCAAAGGCCAUCAAUGGCAUAUUGAACUUACAAGAUAAUAUUGGAAAUAUCCAUGAUAAAAAAAAUGAUAAAUCUUCUCGUAUUACUUUUUCUAUUCAAACUUUAUGCCCAAAAGAACAUAUAAUUAUAAUUAAUUGAAUAAUUAUGAAUCAAAUUUUAAUAUCAACAUAAUAAGAAGUGAUUUUGAGAGGAGUCCUCAAGUGAAUAAAAACAAAUAAAAAAAAUACAAAAUAUUACACAAUAAAAAACAGAUGGGUCAAUUAAAAGUAAUAGAUGAAUAUUGAAAAAAAUGAAGGUUAAAAUGUUAUACUUUAUAAAAGAUCAAAUUUUGUGACGGUUUCUACUUUAUGCUAUUAAAUAGCUUUUUAGACAAUGCUCUAGUCAGAAAUCAAUAAUAAKAUAUAAGACUAGUAUAAAAAUUUUACAGACUUCAGAUAAUAUUAUUAAUAUAUAGUAUUUCUACAGUAAAGUAUUACAUUAUGAUUCUGCAUUAUUCAUAAAGAGGCAGAGCAAGUCACGUUCUACAUUGAUAUUCAAAAGAGAGAAUAAUUGACUAAACAUAAUAUAGAUUGGAAUCUCUUUUAAAAUCUUUCAUUAGUUUUUAUAGAGUUUUGUAUAAUAUUGCUAUAUUUGUUAAUGUUAGGACCAGAGCUACUAUGUAAUGUUAUGA